GUGGGUCCAGUUCCCCUACGGUCCCAGUCGCCAAUAGUUGCGUGUACGGUGAAGAAGUGUAUCGUGCGCUCCAAUGCUGCUACACCGCUUGGAAUAAACCCGAUUUCACACACAUCCCCCGCUUCGCCCCCGGCGCAUUUUACAGCACCCCAACAACGCUUGCUCGAUUGCUCUAGUUUUUUGUUUUGCGCUUGUUCGGUUUGCCCAAUAUUGGUCGGAGGAAAGCCUUUUCCUUCUGUUGCUGCCCGCCGCCGGUGCAUUUGCGAAUAUCUGCUUGCGCGGAGAGUAGAAAGGGUGUGCACAACUCGGUUGCAGUUCUUCGCUGUGCUCGUCAACUGUCGUCGUCGUCGUCGAAUCGGCUGCUGAAAUUGAAACUCCGAUCCCGGCCUUUCAAGGGCAAUCGAGAACACAAAAUACGCAGCAGCAGCUAUCUAUGACUUUGUUUGCGGGUGAGAAUACGGGAAUCCGUAGGUGGAUGUGUUACACGCAUUGUUCGCUUACAAUAUACGUUGAAAACAUCAAUCGGAUCAAAGUGCUUUCUAACCUUGACUUCGACAGCGUUACGAGAGUCUUUGCGUUGACCUUACGGUGUUCAAACUGAGAGCAUCACGGUGUUCACUAGGGGUGUCCAAGACAGUGUUGAUUCGUUGUUCAAUUUGUUAAACUCUGUGAAGCACGUGCGCGUGUGGUUGCAAACCGUUCACGAUUCGGGGUUCGUGAGUAUUGUGCCAAACAAACUCGCAAAGCGUGUUCAGAAGGUAUCGAUAUCAACGACAAACAAAACAGUGUAAAGACCACGACUACGACAACGACGACGUCGACAGCCCAAUGACAUAUCUUGAAUGUCAAGUGAUCACCAUCAACAACGAGUGGACCAGUUCAGCUGUAUUGUUGUGAGCGCGGUCGAGAAGAGGGAGCACGAGAAGUGUGCGAGAGUCAGCGAAGAGUAUAGGAAGAAUUAAUUACGGAAGAACCUUGGGAACCACUCAGGCAAUCAAAUCAAGAGUAGGUCUGCCUGUGUAGAGGCGCGUGCGAGAGGGUGUGCGAGUGGAUUGUGCGUUAGAUGUGUUGGUGAACCAAUACCGAUACUUACUUGAGCACCUCGACGUGUGUUGCCGUGGCAUGCUGUCCGAGAUAAAGGCAGAUGUACUUGAAAUGCUAACGAAAACAUUGUUAUGAUACACUGCGCUGCUGUUGGGGAAAAACUAGUUGCCGCCGUUGCAGUCAUGAGCUAUGCUACCGUAUCGUGCCAGAAACAUCAGCCUCAAUGAUAAGCCCUUCGGAUAAGUCCUCGCUCUCGGUGUGUAGUGUCUGUGCUGCGCGCUGAUGUAUUAUGCCCUUGCCGAGUGUGUUAGUUUGUUGUAGCAAUGACCAGUAAUCACUCCAUUUGAUGUUGUUGUUUUUUCGAAACGGUCGUUACGUGCGGAAGAUUACGACAAGUAAACACCGGAGCGGAGAAGAGAUAUUCCAACUGAUAAAGAAACCUUGAAGUGGUGGGUGGGUUCCGACGAUUCGAUACCGUUUUGCUUUUUGGCAAGUGCACAAGAACGCACUCCUAGUAGUGGCUCGGUUACAUACUUGUGUGUGCGAAUGUGUGCAUGGAAAAUUACCCAGUCUGUGCUAAAUUGAAUCGAUUUCUAUCAUACUUUGCUGACCAAAGUCGCCGUAAAUAGAUUAGAAAGGAGUGCUAUCUGUAUAUGAUCUGCCUGUGCGCGCAGCUAUCGUUCGAAGAAAAAAAAAAGGUCCAAAAGAGAAAGGAGAGAAGAUUGGAAAAUCGUUUCUGUGAAAGUGAAGUCAUAGAGCUAGGCAGUGAAACGAAGCGAAGAAAGAGUAAGAUAUAGAAGAGAGCCUAUUCAAAAUAGAUGGAAGUGAAAUUUAAUUGCAAAAAAGUUGUAAAAGAUUAAAACCAGCAGCGAAAAUUUUGCAGACGGCGAGCAAUUUCCUGGGAAAGAAGAAAAUACCUUGCGGCGCUGAGCUGAUAAGCUGAAGUCACGUCCAUGACUACCCGGUGGUGUCGUGCCAAGUUUGCCAAACAAAGUCUGACAAAAAAUUAAAACAAGGACAAUUUGUUGCACGUCGCAGACUUCCAGCGUAACCGAAAACAGAAGCAGAAAAAGUACGCAACAGCCUUGCAGUGGAGCAGCUGUCUGUAUAACUUCAGAAAGUAAAAAAAAAAAAACAGCACCAACUUGUUUUCCGUUGUAGCCGCCGUCGCAGUUGUCUCCGUCGCCGUCGAUUCCUUUGGCUGAAUUUCCACUUUUUCUUCGCUUUCGGAACCGGGUUUCAACAAAACUAGCCACCGUGGAUACCAUAUCGUUGCCCCUCGGUGGAUUAUCACAUGUUAGGAUGGCUCUAGCGAGAUUGCCGGUAGUGAGUGACUGUCCGGCAGGGCAGACGGCAAGGGUCACCUCCAACCUGCACUCUUCCAGCAGCACAAUGGCAGUCAGCCGAGUGCCAUCACCCCCUCUGCCAGAGGUCAACACACCGGUUGCAGAAAAUUGGUGUUAUACUCAGGUCAAAGUCGUAAAAUUCAGCUACAUGUGGACGAUCAACAAUUUCAGCUUCUGCCGGGAAGAGAUGGGCGAAGUGCUGAAAUCCUCCACCUUCUCCGCCGGUGCUAACGACAAACUCAAAUGGUGUUUGCGCGUGAAUCCCAAAGGCCUCGACGAGGAAAGCAAAGACUACCUCUCGCUCUACCUGCUGCUGGUGUCCUGCAACAAAUCCGAAGUCCGGGCCAAGUUCAAAUUCUCGAUCCUGAACGCCAAACGGGAGGAAACCAAAGCGAUGGAAUCCCAGCGGGCGUACCGGUUCGUCCAGGGCAAGGACUGGGGCUUCAAAAAGUUCAUCCGGCGGGACUUCCUGCUGGACGAAGCCAACGGUCUCCUGCCCGAAGACAAACUCACGAUAUUCUGCGAGGUCAGUGUGGUCGCGGACAGCGUCAACAUUUCCGGACAGAGUAAUAUCAUCCAAUUCAAAGUGCCAGAAUGCAAACUUUCGGAGGACCUGGGCCUGCUGUUCGACAGUGAAAAGUUCAGCGACGUCACACUGGCGGUCGGGGGCCGGGAGUUCCAAGUUCACAAAGCAAUCCUAGCUGCCCGCAGUCCCGUGUUUGCGGCCAUGUUCGAGCACGAGAUGGAGGAACGCAAGCAGAAUCGCGUGGCCAUCACCGACGUCGACCACGAAGUAUUAAAGGAGAUGCUCCGGUUUAUCUACACCGGCAAGGCGCCCAACCUGGACAAGAUGGCGGACGACCUGCUGGCCGCGGCGGACAAGUACGCCCUCGAGAAGCUGAAAGUGAUGUGUGAAGAAGCGCUCUGUGUUAACCUGUCGGUCGAGACGGCCGCCGAAACGCUGAUCCUGGCCGACCUGCACAGUGCCGACCAGCUGAAGGCGCAAACGAUAGACUUCAUCAACACCAGUCAUGCGACAGAUGUGAUGGAAACCGUGGGCUGGAAGAACAUGGUGACGACGCACCCUCACCUGAUAAACGAAGCAUUUCGCGCCCUAGCCACGCAGCAGAUACCACCGAUCGGUCCGCCCCGCAAGCGGGUGAAGAUGAGCUGAAAUAAAAUGUUGACAUCCGUACAGUCCGUGAUGUCAACGACGCCGUCACCAGCUAGUAUCACUCAACAACAACUACAACAACAACAACAAUCAUCGUCAUCAGCAUCACUACCAUCAUCGCCACCAUCAUCCGCAUCAUCAUCGUGUUUGUUAUCAUCACUAUCAACCCACAACAACAACAACAACAAUAGCAACCACCCAUCCACCGCUGCUGUCAGUUUGUUCCAAUUGACGUCAUCCCCACCACCAUCGGUUGUUCCGUCGCCGGCAAGUUCACCGGCCAUGGCACCGAUCACCACCCAACUGCUCCAGAAGCCGCUGCCAUCGCGGAAGCCGUCAGCCAGCUCGUCGUCAUCGCUGCUCAUCAACCACCUGACCAAUCCGAGCAGCAGCAGCAACAAUCCCGUCAGCUCUCGAGCAGCACCCCCAUCUGCCGGCGGUCUCCUAAAACAGCAACUGGCUGUCAGUGCUACCAAUAGCAAAAUGGCGACGGCCAGUCUCAUCAAAGCAGGCUGUAAAAAGUCCGUAUCAUCAGCGAACAACAUGAACGUGAACGUGAGCGACAUCGCCGCUGGCUUGGCCAAUGCCGUUGCCGCAGCUGUGGCCGAUGCCGUCACCGUGGCCACAAUCGGAAGAAAUUUGAAUCUUAACAACUAUUCGCAGCUGCGCCAGCAGCUUGAAAUGCAGAGCAGCAACACCUCCACGACAACGUCGUCGUCCACGUGUUCGUCACCAUCAACCGAGUCGGAUGCAACAUUGCGCGGCGAAGCAGGCGGCGACGGUGUCGUCGUCAAUAUCAACUGUCAUCACAAGUCGCUGAAGCAGUUUCUCAUUCAAUCCAGCGUCAGUAACAAUCACCAACAACUGCAGCGCCGUGUUGCCAGUUCUGCUGCUGCUGCUUCUGCUAUCGACGGCAUCAGUUCCAGCGUUCGACAAAGUGGUGACAUCUGUUUGCAAUAGGAGCAACUCGAGGCAGCAUGGGACCCGACGACGGAUGGAUGGGGAACCAGAGUAUGGAACGGUCAACAAAAAAUCGAGCAGUUGUUUGCUUUAAUUCUAUAGAAAAUCUAGUUUCUUGAUAGUCUCUCGUUAGUAGGAUUCUCUUAGUAGUAGUGAUGCGAUACUGCAAAAUCGAUAAUUAAUCAUACAAAAAAGAUCAGAAAACGAAACAUCGGAAAACACUGAAAUCGCUCAGCGCGCGCAGAGUAUAUAGGAAGGAUAUUUGUGUGAGUGUGAGGAUGUAAUCACCCGCAGAGCAGCAGGGACACCGACACUGAAAUCGUUUCCGGAUGAGUAUAAUUGCUAGGUUAUGUUUCCUUUUUGACAGAUUGAACCGUAAAAUUAAAAAGAUUUAAAAAAAUACAAAACAGAAAUGUCCCCUUGGUAAAUUGAUCAUAUUAGAGAGAGCACAGCACAGUAGGCCAGCAGGUUUUCUCCCCGCGCCGCCGCGAGUUUUCUUCUCAAAUGUCAAAGUAACGCUUUUCUCGAAAAAGCCCUGCGCUCCAGGCCGGCUUUGAUUGAUUGUAGCGCCGCGCACCAAGCUAGGAAAGACAAAGACAGGGCAACGAUGACGAAGACUGAAGGUCCCCCGUCUGUAAAGCAGCUGGGCUGGCAGCACGGGCAAAGAGGGAAGUGAAAUCAUUUUAAUUCAAAUAAAUUAAAUUAAUUUAUACAAUGUGAUAUUUUUGUCUAUAUAUGUUAGCUAAUAUAAUAUGUAAUUAAUUAAUGAAAUAAAAGAAAACUAAGAAGAAAACCGAGACACACGAGACAGACGUGAGAGAGAAUGCCGAAGAGAAACAAAAGAACAUUGUCGAAAGCGCGCAGAGAAAGCUCCAGAACUUCUAAGUUGAUUCAUUCUUUUCUCGCUUGAAUCGUGCAAUGACUAUAUUGCAAAAGAGCCCUACUUAGCACAGCGAAAAAAAAACAUAUUGGAACUACAAAAAAAAUCUUGAAAAAUCUAUGUGAAAAAAUUAAUCGUUUGUUUUAGCUUCUACACCGAAAUGAAAAAAAAAUGCUUUAAAAUUGUUCAUGUUCGAAAAUUUUCCUUAUUUUCUUUGAGGUGAUUAUUUUAAAAUUAAAUCUUUUAUAUUUUUCUCACAAUUUCCCACUGACCCCCACUGCUCCUAUCCAUACCUGUGUAAAAAGAUUAGUUUUAGUAAUUUCCCCCUCUUUAUAUUUAGUAGCAAAUUUCGUAAUUUUAUGCGAUUUGCAAUCGUUUACUAUUAUAUUUUCCUUUUUCCCCCUUUCCACAAUUAGGUGUUCAAAUUUUCAAAUAAUUCAGCUUCACAUAAAAAAACGAAAAGAAAAACAAAAUACAAAAAAUAAGCUAUUGUUAGUUAUAAACAUUUGUUUUAGUCGCUACUUUUUAACAAACAAACAAACAAACAACAACAACUUGAUAGGUAAAAAAACAAAACAAGAAACACUACAACAACAAGAGAAUGAGAGAUAAGAGAGAAAAGAAAAAAAAACACAGAAAUAGAGGAACGAAGAGCAAACAAGUGAAUCACACAUAGACACACUGAAUUUAUUUAAGGCAGACAGCGGAAAAUUUAAAUUGUGAAAUUAAACAAAAGCAGAAAGAAAAACAAGAAUUAUUGAGACAAACUAAAAAAACAAACAAGAAAAGUAAGAAUUGAUGAUAUAAAGGCUAAAAAUGAUAAACAAAAAUAAAUUUAGUAGCUUCAUAUGUGAUUAUAACUCUAUGAAUAACUAUUUCAAAAAGUACCGUAACAAUAAAAAGAAAGUUGAAAACCCUA